GCGGCGGAGGCGUGGCUUGUGCUCGCUGCAUGCCUGCUCUCAGCUGUGUGUAUCCUGAAUGAACGCGCUUGCAUGUUGCGCUCCGCUCCGGUCUGCCUGAGAAAGUGACGUGCAAACUGACUCGGGGCUCUGCGUAGAACGAGUGCACACCGGGAGUGCCUUUGGAGGAAAGUGGGGGCUGUUUUCUCACCGAAGAGGUCAGUCAAGCAGAGGAUGAUGGAGAGAGCGGCGCAAUUUUAAGAUCCUCUGAAUCUUUCAUAGCCUGCCAGAAAGAGUUGGUCCUGGGAUGUGCUUUUUGUCUGGAGCCAGCUGUGACACAGAAACAUAACCAGAACCAACUUAACAUCCAGACCAGGAGACGUUGAAUUCUUCUGUCCUCCAAGGGGUUGGACGUGACCCUGUUGUGUGUCAACUCAUCUUGUGAGCCUCGGAUGAAAGGACGAGAGGAGUGGGCACGACUGCUGGGUGCUAGAAUCCCUAAACCCGUUACGAACAGCACGGAGGCAGAGCAACACCCAAACUACACAAAAGAGGAAGACGAAACCAGCUAUGUGUGACUGACUUUGGACAGCCAGUGGCGGAAUUCGGAAAAGAGCCUAUCACACCGCACCCGCAGAGAUGUCCUCGAACGAGCUGAGCGUCGAGAUGGACUCCUGCAUUCGGACGUUCAAGGAGCAUAUGCAUCUGGAGCUGGAGCCCCCCAAGAUCCCGGGCGUGGUUGGAGGAAAACGGGGCACCACGUCCCCUAAACUUUCCCCGCGGAGCUCCCCGCGGCUCUUCCGCAAGCUGAUGGUCAACAAGAGCAUCAGGCAGAGGCGACGCUUCACCGUGGCACACACCUGUUUUGAUGUGGAGAAUGGCCCAUCUGCCAGCUGCAGCCCUCUGGAUCCUCAGGCCUCCCCCGGCUCUGGACUGGUCCUCCACACCAACUUUCCCGGUCACAACCAGCGCCGCGAGUCCUUUUUGUAUCGCUCUGAUAGCGACUAUGAUCUGUCACCCAAGUCAAUGUCACGGAACUCCUCCAUUGCCUCUGAACUACAUGGCGAUGACCUAAUCGUGACGCCUUUUGCCCAGGUCCUGGCAAGCCUUCGAAGUGUAAGGAAUAACUUCACCGUGCUGACCAAUGUCCAGUGUGCCUCCAACAAGAGGUCUCCUGCAGCCACAAACCAGCCUGCAGUCACCAAAGUGUGCCUCCCAGAUGAGGCGUACCAGAAGCUGGCCAUGGAGACCAUGGAGGAGUUGGACUGGUGUCUGGACCAGCUGGAGACAAUCCAGACCUAUCGCUCUGUCAGCGACAUGGCCUCCACCAAGUUUAAGAGAAUGUUGAAUCGGGAGUUGACGCACCUAUCUGAGAUGAGUCGGUCUGGGAACCAGGUGUCCGAAUUCAUCUCCAACACCUUCCUAGACAAACAGAACGAGGUGGAGAUGCCAUCGCCAACACCGAAGACGCGGGAGAAGAAGAAGCAGCAGCUGAUGACGCAGAUCAGCGGGGUCAAAAAGGUCUCCCACGGAUCUUCGCUGUCCGGCAGCAGCAUCUCCCGUUUCGGGGUCAAAACCGAUAAGGAGGAGCUGCUGUCCAAGGAGCUGGAAGAUCUGAACAAGUGGGGCCUGAACAUCUUCACCGUGUCAGAAUACUCAUACAGCCGACCUCUCACCUGCAUUAUGUACGCCAUCUUUCAGGAGCGAGACCUGUUAAAAACAUUUAGGAUCCCAGUGGACACGUUUGUGGCUUACAUGAUGACGCUGGAGGAUCACUACCAUUCAGAUGUGGCCUACCAUAACAGCCUGCACGCGGCUGACGUAGCCCAGUCCACGCACAUCCUGCUCUCCACCCCAGCCCUUGAUGCUGUCUUUACCGACCUCGAAAUUCUCGCCGCCAUCUUUGCUGCCGCCAUCCACGAUGUCGACCAUCCCGGAGUAUCAAACCAAUUCCUAAUCAAUACCAACUCUGAGCUGGCGCUGAUGUACAACGACGAGUCGGUGCUGGAGAAUCAUCACUUGGCUGUGGGAUUCAAACUCCUGCAGGAGGACAGCUGCGAUAUCUUCCAGAACCUCACAAAGAAGCAGCGACAGUCCCUACGGAAGAUGGUCAUUGACAUGGUUUUAGCCACGGACAUGUCCAAACACAUGAGUCUGUUGGCUGAUCUGAAGACCAUGGUGGAAACCAAGAAGGUGACAAGUUCUGGAGUGCUGCUGCUAGACAAUUACACUGACAGAAUACAGGUGCUGCGAAACAUGGUGCACUGCGCCGACCUGAGCAACCCCACAAAGUCCCUUGAGCUGUAUCGCCAGUGGACCGAUCGGAUAAUGGAGGAGUUCUUCCACCAGGGAGACCGAGAAAGGGAGAGGGGGAUGGAGAUCAGCCCCAUGUGCGAUAAACACACGGCUUCCGUGGAAAAGAGCCAGGUGGGGUUCAUCGACUACAUCGUCCACCCGCUGUGGGAGACUUGGGCCGACCUGGUCCACCCGGACGCCCAGGACAUCCUGGACACGUUGGAGGACAACAGGAACUGGUACCAGAGUAUGAUUCCUCAGAGCCCCUCCCCGCCCUUCUACGACCAGGGCACCCACGGACAUGGGGGGGGCACCGGGGGCCAAGGAGGUGGGGAGAAGUUCCAGUUUGAGCUGACCCUGGAGGAGGAGGACUUGGACGGAAUAGAGAAAGACGUGGAGGAUGAAGACGAGGAGGAGGACAGCCUGGGAGAUUCUCGCUCUCCUCCUCCGGACUAUCAGGACGAGUGUGACAUGAUGGAGCCCGGCCCCGCGGCGAUAGAGAUCGUGACGCACGAGGCGUCGCCCACGGACACAUAGGGCGGGCAACACGCGCCGGUUUGAGUUUGGAAAAAGAGGGGCGAUCCUCCUGCAGCUGUGCUUUUGAACAAAAGCCACAGAAGCUUGGUUUUGGCCCGCACGGGGGCGUCUUGCACUCGGGUGUUGGAAGCCACGCACGGACGGACAGUUUUGACAAGAAGCGGCUUCAGAGUUCUCAGGAAAUCAUUUGAGUCUUGAUGGACACCAGAGACUGACGGCGAAGGAUUUAGGCCAGCUUGGUACUGGCACUAGAUGGACUUUGACACUACUGAGAGAAAUUUUGUAACUUAAGACUUUUUUUUAAUAGAUCUAGAAGUAGCAGAUAAAACCAUCCACUGAUGGAGUUUGUAUAGCAAGAGAAAGUGUUUACUUUUUUCCUGUACCAUUUGUCAGAGAUCUUUUGUGUGCCUUUUUUUACUAAUGUCUUUGUAUCGUUUUGGGUUUUUUUUCUUAUUUAUUGAACACUCUAGUGUGUCUUUGAAAUGUUUUUUCUUAUCUGAGAGAGUAAAACCAUUUUUGUAUGUCCUAAAAAGUCUUCCAUGUAUUGGGCAAUAGAGAAACAUAAUGUCGUCCUCUUAGUAGGGAAACAUCAACGCACACAUUUUGUCAGAUUUAGUUCUCAGUCCAGAGUAUUAUUUUGGUUCAAUGUUUAGCUGUAAGUUACUUUUGAUUUUCAGACAUAUUCUUCAUCACGUAUGUUUUUUUCUUGAAACAGUCCGCAAACCUCAUGGGCUUCCUAACUUUUCACACCAAAACUGGAACUCAAAGUGGCGUUUUAGGGUUUUUUCCAUAUCCAUCCAUCCAUCUUCUUAUCCGAGGUCGGGUUGCGGGGGCAGCAGCCUAAGCAGAUAAGCCCAGACUUCCUUCUCCCCAGCCACUUCGCCAAGCUCUUCCCAGGGGAUCCCGAGGCGUUCCCAGGCCAGCCGGGAGACAUAGUCUUCCCAAUGUGUCCUGGGUCUUCCCCGUGGUCUCCUACCGGUCGGACGUGCCCUAAACACCUCCCUAGGGAGGCGUUCGGGCGGCAUCCUGACCAGAUGCCCGAACCACCUCAUCUGGCUCCUCUCGAUGUGGAGGAGCAGCGGCUUUACUUUGAGCUCCUCCCGGAUGGCAGAGCUUCUCACCCUAUCUCUAAGGGUUAGGGUUAACCAUAACCCUAACCUUAACCCUAACCCUAACCCUAACCCUAACCCGCCACCCUGCAGAGGAAACUCAUUUCGGCCGUUUGUACCCGUGAUCUUAUCCUUUCGGUCAUAACCCAAAGCUCAUGACCAUAGGUGAGGAUGGGAACGUAGAUCGACCGGUAAAUUGAGAGCUUUGCCUUCCGGCUCAGCUCCUUCUUCACCACAACGGAUCGAUACAGCGUCCGCAUUACUGAAGACGCCGCACCGAUCCGCCUGUCGACCUCACGAUCCACUCUUCCCUCACUCGUGAACAAGACUCCGAGGUACUUGAACUCCUCCACUUGGGGCAAGAUCUCCUCCCCAACACGGAGAUGGCACUCCACCCUUUCCCGGGUGAGAACCUAAUCCCAGUUUUUGUCCAUGUCAAACAGGCUUAUUCGUUUUCUCCUUCCACAUGACAGUAAAAAUUAAAAUGAUGUUACUUCUGUACACCACCUGGCUCCGCCCACUUCACGCUGCCCGGAUGUCAAGCCAGAGUCCACAGUUGUCCAGCGCAACUCUUAAUAGGGUCAGGAAGGGAGUAAGGUUUACCGACAUGCCAUGCUCAUUCCUUUCCAUCCGGGUCACGGCACCUUCACACUGCCGGGAUGUCCAGCCGGGGUCCACAGAUUGAGAGUCGAGUGCGCUAGCCAACGAGCUAAAAUCUUGAGCUGACUCAUAAGGCGUCAUGGAGUAAGGUUCACCAAAAUACCAUGCUUCCCCCAAUUGGCAUCCGUUGUACUCACCCCACUAGACCUCACAUUCAUCUGGGUCACGGCACCAAAGUAAGCUGCUUGGCUUUGCCCCUUCACACUGCAAGGGGGUCUAAUCAGGGUCCACAGGUUGAGCGUCGAGUGCACUAGCCGACGAGCUAAAAUCCCGAGCUGUCGGUGUGACUGUUAGGGCGUCAGGAAGUGAAUGAGGUUUACUGACGUACUCUUCUCACUCACUUUCAUCCGGGUCAUGGCACUAAUGUAAGCACCCCGUUCACACUGCCGGGGGGGGUCCACAGAUUGAGAGUCGGGUGCGCUAGCCAACGAGCUGUCGGUGGAACUCUUAAGGCAUCAGGGAGUGCGUGAGGUUUACUGACGUACUCUGGUCACUCACUUUCAUCCGGGUCACGGCACCAAUGUAUGAUUAUUUGCUCUGCUCCCUUCACACUACCAGAGGGUGGCCAACGAGCUGAACUCUCGAGUGAGGUUCACCAACGUACUCUGCUGCCCCCAAUCUGGCAUCCGUUGUAUUCACCCCAAUAAACCUCACGUUCAUCCGGGUCACGGCACCAAUGUAUGAUCAUUGGCUCUGCUCCCUUCACACUACCAGAGGGCGGCCAACGAGCUGAACUCUCAAGUGAGGUUUACCAACGUACUUUGCUGCCCCCAAUCUGGCAUCCGUUGUAUUCACCCCGAUAAACCUCACGUUCAUCCGGGUCACGGCACCAAAGUAAGCCGCUCGGCACCGUCCCCUUCACACUGCCAGAGUGUCCAACCAGGGUCCACACACUGAGAGUCGAGCUAAAAUCUUGAGCUGUGGGUGUAACUCUUAAGGUUUCCCGACAUACCUUACCAUUUGUUAAGUUACACUACCCCUGAGCUAAAAUAGCAGAAAUAUAAGCAAUUAAUGUCAACACAUCCCCUCAUGAUUUUACUUUUUCCUGCCAUUCGUUCGACUCAAACUAUAAAAUCAAUUUGAGUCAAAAAAAGACUCAUUUCACCGAGUUAAGCAAACAAACUACUUUUUAAUCACAUUUACCUUCUGCGGAAGCCUAGUGUGCUUCUUUGAUGGUCGAGUCAAAGUAAGGACAAACUGCACAUUGGUCGGGAUUUUAUUUUUAGCUAGCAGGUAUGCUGCGGUCUUAAUAAUCUUGUCAGUCGGACCUGGUCCUGAAACCCGGCCCGUCUGAUGCAAUGUCCUAUGCAAUCAGGCCCAGACCCCAUGACUCAAGGAGCUGCCCAUGUAAAACUGAAAUUCCCUCUCAGAGCCUCAUCAGAGCCAGCCAUCCCUGGGUUUACAAGCCUUUCUCGGCUCCAUGGACACAACCCCAAACAAUCAGGCCGGCUAUUUUUUUUUUUUUUUUUUAAGCGAAAAUCCCCCAAGUGCUGCUUCCGCCCUUUGACGUCAUUUGUCUCCCGCUCUGCUGCAUGAAGUUUCCAGGGCACUUUGGUUGUUAUGACUUGACACGCAUAGAAGUGACUUUGGGGAAAGAAAGGAAAUGAGGUGCUCUAUUUGGAAAGAAAACUGGUAACUUUUUUUUUUUUGGAAAGGGGUUUGCAGAGCUGCGUUCUUUUUGAGUUGACGAUCACACCUUUUUAUGCCUAACCUACUAAAAUGGUACUUCAUGGUGUGGCAAUCACCUGUGUAUGGUAUGAAUGUGCAGUAUGGCAGGUUUUGUACACACAGUGUGUUUGCGUGUGUGUUUAGAUGUGUAGACUUCGCCAUUGGGCCUUAUCCUCACGCCUCACCUUUUGUCUAGAACUGUUUGUUGCUUAGAGCUAAAGUUGGUCUUUUUUGCUGUUUAUAACAGUAUAUGUAUAUUUAUUCUAUACUUUAAGCAUGUAAAUAAGAAAUACUGGUUCAGUGUAAAAAUCUAUUUUAAUUUAAAUAUGCAUUACCAGGAAGUGAUGGUGUCUAAUGUGUAGAAGACUCUUUUUUUAUACAAAAAUGUACUAUAUAUUGUUAUAUAACAUAAACGCAACACAAUCUAACGUUGUAUAUAUUAUCCGCACAAUGUUUUCGAGUGGCCAGCGGAGCAGGAGCUGAAGGAACGUCGUCGCAUGAGAACCUUGUCACUCCAAAAUGACCAAAGUCCAUUGUAAUGCUGCAUUCACAAAAGUAAUGAUCAAAUGCAUUUAACCAAAAAAAAAAAACCUGAAUGAUCAUAUAUGAAUUGCUUCUUUAAAAAAAAAAAAAAAAACAUUUUUCUUGUUUGAUUUCCCCCUGAUCAAUAUUUGAAGGUACAAGGUUGUCAUCCGACAGAAGUUUGGUGACCCGUGUUCAAAAGGUGCAUAUGGUUCUCAAACGUGUCUCUCUAAGUACCACCAUAAUGACCCAACGAUAAAAUACAGUAGCAUAGCAGGCGUAAGUAUUCAUUAGAAACAAGUAUAUGUAAUAUUUUUGGCCACUGUUUGAGCAGUAUCACUCUGUUUGAAUAGAAGCAUAUAAAACACUGUACUUUUAUUAAGUGAUUCCUUGGCGUACCGCUCGAUGGAGCCCGCAGUUUAAAAUUGGAUAUUUGCAUACCAUUGCUUGAUCUUUGCUUCGUAUCCAAACACACACAUACCUUAUUUCACUUAUCGAUCGCUGACACGUGACAAGGAACGGUCUCCUUUUAUCACGUCGUGUAAAAGUAGGUGUGACAGCAAAAAAAAAGUACCGGUGGCAUGCAACAAUACGCACGGCACUCAAUUGAUGACAACAAAAUAUGUUUUUUUGUAACUGAUUGUGUGAACUACUCCGGACCAAACUUGUCAUGGUUGUAAAAGCCAGACGUGUUCAGUAUUAGCACUCUUUAUCUCCGUCCAUGCUUUCUUGGUCCUAGUUGUGUCCAAAUGGUUAGCCUGAUUUUGCACUAUCUGCAUGACGGACGGUUUUUGUUAUUUGUCAAUAUUACAUUGAGGUCCACCGGUUGUUGCAGGUGGGUUGAUAAAUGUUUCACACAAUGUAUGGCAUUAUAUUGUAUAUUGUGUUCAAGAAUACACCUGAAAUAAUUUUUCUAAGAAGUGAUUAAAAGCAUGAGUAUACUACUAUGUCUAUUCUUGGCUC